AUGGCUAUGGACCCAACCACCGAGCAGCAGCCCGACCCCAGCGCCGUGCAGGCCGACGCAAUUGGCUCGCGGGCCUGCUUCGUCGUGGAUGGCUGGGUCCAGGGCCUGCGCCGCUUGCCUGUGCUGGGCCUAGCGGCAGCAGUAGAGGUUGUGGUAGAGCCGUCCUGGCCUGUGCUGGCUGGUCGUGGGUACUUUCCCAGCGGGUGA